AGCAGCCCCUUCCGGCCGCGGCCGCCGACCCCGGCCCCCGGCCCCGCCUGGCUCUAUGGACAGGAGCUCGCUGCUGCAGCUUAUCCAGGAGCAGCAGCUGGACCCUGAGCACACAGGUUUCAUCGGUGCGGACACCUUCACCGGCCUGGUGCACAGCCAUGAGCUGCCCCUGGACCCGGCCAAGCUGGACAUGCUGGUGGCCUUGGCCCAGAGCAACGAACGGGGCCAAGUCUGCUACCAGGAGCUGGUGGACCUGAUCAGCAGUAAGCGCUCAAGCAGCUUUAAGCGGGCGAUCGCCAACGGACAGAGGGCACUGCCGCGGGACGGGCUGCUGGAGGAGCCAGGCCUGGGUGUCUACAAGCGGUUUGUGCGCUACGUGGCCUAUGAGAUCCUGCCCCGAGAGGUGGACCGCCACUGGUACUUCUACCGGCACCGCAGCUGCCCACCCCCCGUGUUCAUGGCCUCAGUCACUCUUGCCCAGAUCAUCGUGUUCCUGUGCUACGGGGCCCGCCUCAACAAGUGGGUGCUGCAGACCUACCACCCCGAGUACAUGAAGAGCCCCCUCGUGUACCACCCUGGCCACCGCGCUCGAGCCUGGCGCUUCCUCACUUACAUGUUCAUGCACGUUGGCCUGGAGCAACUAGGGUUCAACGCGCUCCUGCAGCUCAUGAUCGGGGUGCCCCUGGAGAUGGUGCACGGUCUGCUCCGCAUCAGCCUGCUCUACCUGGCCGGCGUGCUGGCAGGCUCCCUGACUGUCUCCAUUACCGACAUGCGGGCCCCUGUGGUGGGGGGCUCUGGUGGGGUCUACGCCCUGUGCUCGGCACACCUGGCCAACGUCGUCAUGAACUGGGCUGGGAUGAGGUGUCCCUACAAGCUGCUGAGGAUGGUGCUGGCCUUGGUGUGCACUAUGAGGAACGCCUGCGGGACCAGUGCGGCUGGUGGGUGGUGCUGCUGGCCUAUGGCACGUUCCUGCUCUUUGCCAUCUUCUGGAACGUCUUCGCCUACGACCUGCUGGGCGCCCACAUCCCUCCACCACCCUGAUGGGCUCCCCAGGGCUGCACAGGCCAGGGCACAGGCGUAUGUGGGCUGGCCAUCAGGCGAGCCUGCAUGUCUCCCUCUGUGAAUGUACAUCUCGAGACUGCUUCUCCUCUGUGGGGGCAGGUGUCCCCAGUAGCCCACUAAGUUCAGGCCAAGCCUUACACCAGCCCUGGCCACCCCCUCCCAGGCCUGGGGAGGUAGGACUGCCUAGCCAGGCAGUGGAGGUCCCCAGGUGUGGCCCCAGUGGAGACCCUGCCCCGGCCUCUCCCCCAUGAUUUGCAGUCUGAGCCUUUUUGGAGAAUGAAUAAAUAUUUUACACAGCA